CAGGGGGAGAACAGCAAACCAGUUAGCAAAACGUGCGAUUGGAGGAAGCAAAACGUGUGAAAGAGGGGUUUUGCGGGACGGUUGGAGAAGCUUUAAGGAUACCUAUUCGGCGAUCAUCAAUUAGCAUACGAAUGAUGGAAGUCGAUGAUGAGAUGAUCAAAAUUAAGGGGGAAGAAGAAGAGAAAAGAAAACCCAUAGUGGUAAUACUAGUGGGUGCACCUGGAAGUGGCAAAUCGACCUUCUGUGAUCACGUUAUGCGGGUAUCUACCCGACCCUGGGUCCGUGUUUGUCAGGACACAAUUGGGAAUGGCAAAGCCGGAACAAAAGCACAAUGCUUAGCGCUUUCUAACACCUCCUUAAAAGAUGGAAAAAGUAUACUAAUUGAUAGGUGCAAUCUCGAUAGAGAACAGCGGGCAGAUUUUGUUAAGCUUGGAGAGUCUCACCAAGUAGACAUGCAUGCUGUUGUUCUUGAUCUUCCUGCAAAGCUUUGUAUAUCUCGAUCUGUAAAGCGAACUGGGCAUGAAGGCAAUUUGCAAGGUGGGAAAGCUGCUGCAAUUGUGAAUCGGAUGCUGCAAAAGAAAGAACUGCCCAAAUUGAAUGAAGGGUUUAGUCGAAUAACUUUUUGUCAGAAUGAGAAUGAUGUUCAGGCUGCCAUGGAUACGUAUGGAGCACUCUCACCCUCGGAUAGCCUUCCAUCUGGCUGUUAUGGAGAGAAAAAUACUGAUACUAAGGUCCAACUUGGUAUUAUGAAGUUCUUAAAAAGAGUAGAUGCUCCAAAUAAAGUAAGAUCCGAUAAAACUGUGCCUGGGCCAUUGGUCGAAAUUACCAAAGAAAAUCAUCCUGUUGAUGCAAGUCAAGACCAACAAAUGGGAUCUGAGAGUGGGACACGCCCUUUAGACAGUCCUCCUCCCACUUUAGCAUUUCCUUCUAUAUCCACAGCAGAUUUCCAGUUUAAUAUUGAAAGGGCUUCUGAAAUAAUAGUUGAGACAGUUGAGGAAUUCAUAAACAAGCUUGGGAACGCAAGGGUUGUUCUAGUGGAUUUGUCUCGUGGAUCAAAGAUAUUAUCCUUGGUGAAGACCAAGGCUGCUAUAAAGAACAUUGACCCCAAAAAGUUUUUCACGUUUGUGGGGGAUAUCACAAAACUCCGCUCAGGAGGAGGCCUGCACUGCAAUGUGAUAGCAAAUGCUGCGAAUUGGAGACUAAAACCCGGUGGUGGGGGUGUAAAUGCUGCUAUAUACAAUGCUGCAGGUCCAGAACUAGAUGCUGCAACAAAAAAUCGAGCUGGAUCUCUUGCUCCUGGAAAAGCACUCACGGUCCCUCUUCCCUCAACUUCUUCCUUGUUUUCUAAAGAAGGCGUAACACAUGUCAUACACGUGCUUGGGCCAAAUAUGAACCCAAAGAGACCAAACUGUCUCAAAGAUGACUAUAACAAGGGCACCAAAGUUCUUCGCGAAGCUUACUUGUCACUCUUUGAAAAUUUUGCAUCUAUUGUGAAAACCCAAGAGAAAUUGUCUGAUUCAAGCAGUGUAAAACCUGAUAUCCAUAGCCAUUUAGAUGGAAUUUCAAACUGUGAUCAGAAGGUUAGGAGAGAGGAUGGUGCCUGUAUCACCGAGAGGAACAAGAAAAUGAAAGGGUUUAUAGGAGAAACUGAAUUCAAGAAGUCGUAUUCAGUAAAUGUGAAGGAGAAUGCAACCAACAGUGGGAAGACGGGUCAAAGCAUGAAUAAGGAUUGGGGCUCAUGGGCUCAAGCACUUUACAACAUCGCCAUGCAUCCUGAGAAACAUAGGAAUGAUGUAAUUGAAGUUUCCGACGACAUUGUGGUUUUGAACGACCUUUACCCAAAGGCACAAAAGCAUGUUUUGGUGCUCUCACGGGCUGAAGGUCUUGAUCAUCUUGCAGACUUAUGCGAGGAACACCUUCCUGUUAUAAGGAGAAUGCAUGAUGUGGGUUUAAAGUGGGCUCAAACAUUUCUAAGCGAAAACAAAUCAUUGGUAUUCCGACUUGGAUAUCAUUCGGCACCUUCAAUGAGACAACUCCACCUUCACGUCAUAAGUCAGGAUUUCAAUUCGAAACAUCUCAAGAACAAGAAACACUGGAACUCGUUCAAUUCUCCAUUCUUCCGGGACUCAGUGGACAUAAUUCAAGAAGUGAGCGAACAGGGGAAAGCGACACUACACGACGAUGAAAAGUUCAUGUCAAUGGAAUUGAGAUGCAACCGCUGUAGAAGCGCACAUCCAAACAUUCCUCGGCUGAAAUCACAUAUCAGCAUUUGCAGAUCACCCUUUCCUGCUCCUCUACUGCAGAAUGGCCGCUUACUUACAAAAGGUGGCACUUGCUAGUAUAAUAGUAGACUUGUCUAGUUGGAUGCCAACCAUCAGUUCUUUGUUUUGUAUGGUAGAUCUCUGAUUUGCAUGAUGGCUGUAGUUCAAGAUGGAUGACACUUUCUGCUGUUGAAAGUUUGUAAGGUCAAAGGUGGGUAGACUUUUUUACCAACGAAAAUUUUGUGAAAAUGUAAUGGGUUAGGAUUAUUUCGACUGUAUCGGAGACUGGUUAGUCGGUGGUUACAAAAGUACCGAUCGAUCCAGACCAGUUGCACUAUUUUGGCACAAUACCGGUUAUAUCUGGACCAGUUAUGAGGACCGAUUGGAUCCUUGUUUUAAAAGUUUCAGAGCCAUUUGGCAUCCUUUGAUUGAUCGAUGGAGUUACCGUUUUCUUUAAC